GUUAUUUUGAUCGUAUGUGCGACAAAACUUCCUGUUUUGCUCCUGUGCUCCUAAAUAUAACUGAGGAUCAGACAGAUGUGUCCAGAGUAAAACGUGACGUCGCAUCAACAAGAAUGUAUUUUGUUUGACGUGUUCAGUGUUUUUCUUUCCUUAAUGACGACUGUUAUUAUUUGACCUGACUAUUCCCACAGCUUUUAUUUUGAAUAUCAAACCGGGCUGAUGUGUGGCAAACACAAUAUGUCUUAUUCUAAAGAUUGAACUUCAGUCAUUGUCUGAUAACUGCAGCUGUCAGGAGAGCGCAGUGGAGAGAAAUGUGCGGCCUUUGCCUCUGAGAUGUAGUGAAGUAAGAGUGCACGCAAUACCUGAACAUGGCGGCAGUCAGCACCCGGGAAGAGCAGCUCCAGUGCUCGAUCUGUCUGAAUGUGUUCUCGGAGCCUGUGACUACUCCAUGUGGACACAACUACUGCAAGACUUGCAUCACAGGGUACUGGGCCGGCAGCGGCAUACCGCGGUGUCCCCUCUGUCAGAAGAAGUUUAAAAGCAGACCGGAGCUUCAGGUCAACACAGAGUUCAGGGACAUGGUGGAGCGCUUCAACAGCAUGAGGAUGGGGGCCGAAGACACCGUCCCUGCCAAACCAGGGGAGGUGCCCUGUGACGUCUGCCCGGGGCCGAAAGGCAAAGCCCAGAAGACGUGCGUGGUGUGUUUGGUCUCGUACUGCCGGCCUCACCUGGAGCAGCACCAGAGUCUCACCAGGAAGCACCAGCUGAUGGACCCAGUGUCAAACCUGGAGGACAGAGUGUGCACGAAGCACAACAAGAUGUUUGAGCUCUUCUGCCGCGUGGACCAGACGUGUGUUUGUUUCAUGUGCCUGAGAGACGACCACGCAACGCAUGAGGCCGUCCCGUUAGAGCGUGCGUUCACAGAGAGGAAAGCCCGGAUGAUCCAAAUGAUGUCAGAGAUUGAGAUGAUGGAAAACAAGAAAUCCAGGAGCAUCAGGGAAAUCAAACACUCAGCUGAACAGAACAAGAAAGAGUCAGAGAAGGAGAUAGCAGACGUUGCUGAGGCUUUCACCGCUCUGGUGGCGUCUCUGCAAAGGAGCCGGGCUGAGCUGAUGGAGUUGAUCAAGGAGAAGCACAAAGAAGCAGAGAGGCAGGCUGAAAACCACAUGGCACAACUUGAGCAAGACCUCGCCGAGUUGAGGAGGAGGCGAUCGGAAAUGAAGCGCCUUUUACAAACAGAGGAUCACCUGGACCUCCUGCAGAGCUGCCCGUCUCUCCACUCUCCUGCAAACACAUUCAACCCUUUGUCCCACUCCAGCCCUCCACUCACACCAGAGCUCUCCGACGUCAGUCGACGUGGUUACGUGAGGCUGGUGAAAAAAGCGUUGGCUCAGAUGGAAAAGACUCUCAGUAGUGAGAUGGAGAUGCUUAUCCACGAGGUCAGGUUGUCUGAUGGCUGUGAAGCCGCUGCACACACUGAUGCUGCUGAAAGACUGACGACGGAUGAGUUCAUUAAGGAAGGGUGGAAUCCACCUCAGGACCAGCUGAUGAUGAUCCAGCAGUGCCAUGCGGUGGACGUGACCAUGGACGCCUAUACAGCCAAUUCCAGACUUGAGGUGUCUGAGGAUGGGAAACAACUGAGAUUUCACGAUGGCCGUCUGUCUUUUCAUGCUUUAUUUGGGAGAAGAUUUACAUUUCUUCCUUUUGUCCUUGGGAAGGAGGGCUUUUCCUCAGGCAGGUUCUACUACGAGGUUCAAGUCAGCGGGAGUAAAUGCUUUGUCUUGGGAGUUGUCAAAGAGUCCAUUGACAGGGAGACGUUUGGCUUUCCCAUACCAGAAAAUGGAGGCUGGUUAUUUAGUAAACUGACCAACAGAUACCAAGAGGAAUAUAGAGGUAAUUUUGUCGAGCCUCCCCUGAACCUGAGGCAAAGGCCCCAGACAGUCGGGGUGUUCGUCGAUUAUGACAAAGGAGAAGUCUCCUUCUAUGAUGUGGACGCCAGGACUCUGAUCUACUCCUACACAGGUUGUGCUUUCAGAGAGACCACACCAGCGCUAAAAGCCUUUCUCUACUCUAUGGCUGGUGCUCCCUUGAGUGGCAGACCAAAGCUCUACCCUGUUUUCGGUAUGUACGAGACAGGGGUGAACAGGGAGUUCCUCAAUGAAUUUCUUGCAAUCACUCCUGUGGCCCGUACCACUUAAGGUGCUGCAUAUAUCUGAGUAAACAUUAGUGUGUAACAUCUCGUGCCA